AUGGAUCAACAGAGCGAAUCCCAGAAGGAGGUUGAGCUACGCCGAAAGCGUGCUCGUGACCGCAAGGCACAGCAGGCAAUGCGUGACCGAACCAAGUGGACGAUAAACUCUCUUAGCGAACAAGUUUCCGUCCUCACGGCCACCAUAGAUGAGCGAUCGUGUGAGCUUCACUCUCUCAGACUGACAGUCAGCCAGCUGGAAGCCGACAAUGCACACCUUCGCACACAAAAUGCCGCUCUGCAACUAAGUCUCCUAGGCCGUGUUGUAGACGGGAACGAGACUUCGACAAUCUCAUCGGGUCUUAGCCCUAUCACAGACGACAUUUUGCAGGAUUUCAUCAACCAAACACGCACAACAGGGCUAGCCAGCACCCCGCUAGCUAUUGAAGAUCAAAAUUCGACAUCUACAUGGAAACCAAACCUGUGCAGUCUACUUGACAGGAACCAUCGCCCAGAUGACAAGAUCAGUAAUGUGGUAGCUGGCAUCGUCAAUGCGUACACAGAAAUUGAAGACCUACCCAGACAGGUGGCUGUCUUUGUCAACCUUGCCCAUCUCCUCAACUGGAUGGUUCUUUUGGACCGAGAUAGUUGGGAGUUGCUUCCAGACUGGCUCAGGCCAGUGCCUAUCCAGGUGGCCAGUCCGCACGCCGCCUGGAUUGACCGUAUUCCCUGGCCUCGUGCGCGAGAGUACUUGAUCAUUCAUCCAGAAAUUACGUUGGAUGACUUUGUCGUUCCUUAUAGCAGCAGUUUUAGCUUGAAUUGGCCCUACGACCCUACGUCAGUUCUUUUACCUCCGGUGACGAGGGAUGACGAGAUUACGGAGAUCACCUACAAUAUGCCAUUGGAAACAGAAGGCCGCCCAAUACGUAUUGGAGGCGCCUCUGGCGGCUUCACGGACCGUGUUGCAGCCAUCUCACGAUUGGCUUCUGAUCCCGAAGUUGACGCAAUUGUUGGUGACUGGCUCUCCGAAAAUGUCAUGACAGGAUAUGGUGCUGGCAAGGCGAAGAAGAAGCCACAAGCCGGUCUCUCAUUCGAGGAGAGAAAGCAGAGCGCCAUGUACGCCAGCACAUUUUUACAAUGUUUUGAGCCUGCCAUUUCUCAUCUAGCAAAGAACAACACGAAGCUGGCCGUCAAUGCUGGCGCCAGCGAUACCGAGCUGCUCGCUGAGGUUGUCAAAGACAUGGUCGAGAAAGCAGGAUACUCGAUGAAAGUUGCCUGGGUAGAGGGUGACGAUAUCACCGUACCAUUCCAGCAGAUGGUUGCAGAUGGCCACACAUUUCAUAGCCUGACUGAUGGAAAGACUUUGGACGAAUGGGGACACAAACCGCUAUGCGCACAAGCCUACUUGGGAAGCUUUGGAAUAGCCGAAGCCCUACGAAGGGGAGCCGAUAUUGUCAUUUGUGGGAGAGUCUCGGAUGCAGCGCCAACUAUUGGUCUCGCCGCUUGGUGGCACAACUGGGGGCCAGCCCAGCUUGACGAACUGGCCGGCGCUCUGAUUGCUGGCCACAUCAUUGAGUGUUCUGCCUUUGCCACAGGCGGGUAUUACAGCAGAUUUAAGGAUUUGAUGAAAUCUCGUUCACACAUUAACCUAGGUUUCCCUAUUGCUGAAGUGUUCCACACCGGAGAGUGUAGAAUUACCAAAGAAAAGAACACAAACGGCGUGGUCAACAUAGAAACCGUUAUAUCACAACUGGUAUAUGAAAUUUCAGGACCGCUAUACUUCAAUUCCGAUGUAGUGGCCAAUAUUCAUGACAUUCGAGUAGAACAAGUAUCAAGUGAUCUCGUUCACGUUUCCGGGGUGAAAGGUUUACCACCGCCUCCAACCACCCGCUGUGGUGUGACCGCUCAUGGUGGCUAUCAAGCUGAGUGGCACUUUUACCUCGUCGGUUUAGACAUCGAGGAGAAAUGCCAAUGGAUGGAGGAACAGGCAAGGCAUGCCAUUGGUGACGAAAUCAUGAGCCAGUUCACAAUGCUCAAGUUUCAUGUCCACGGCACCAGCCCACCAGACCCUCAGAAUCAGGAGAUUGCUACGGUUGAUUUUCGAAUCUUUGCUCAAGGGCCUACUUCAGACCUGUUUGACGGUACAAAGCCGGACGGCUUCGCUCGGAAGUUAUAUGAGACUGUCCUGCAAUCAUGUCCAGGGGUCUCACGCCCAAACGACCUUCGUCAAUCCUCCGCAAAGAGCUAUUGGGAAUAUUUCGUCACAAGUAUCCCUCAGAGCGCCUGCAACCAUCGCGUUCACUUACUAUUUGGCGAUGAAUCUGUUACAGACAUACCUCUUCCACCAGAAACACACGUGUACGGCCCUCAGUCAUCAUACGACCCGUCACAAAGUCGAGAUCUAUCUUCUUUUGGUCCCACAGAGCGCGCUCCUCUCGGCUGGGUUGCAUUGGCCCGCUCCGGUGACAAGGCAUCGGAUGCCAACGUGGGAUUCUUCGUCCGGCAUGAGGCGGACGAUGAGGAGUGGGAGUGGCUGCGCUCAAUACUCACCAUCGACAAGAUCAAAGAGCUUCUUGGACCACAUGAGUACAGCGGUGGUCGGAUCGACCGCUUCGAAAUGAAGAAUAUCAGAGCCGUUCAUUUUCUCUUAAAGGACCAUUUAGACAGGGGAUAUAACUCUGGGAGUAAGCUGGAUACUUUGGCCAAAAAUCUAGCGGAGUACUUGAGAGCCAAGUUUGUUCCCAUCCCGAAGAAGUUCUUAGAAAACGGGCACAUGUAA